UGUUUUUAUGUUACGCUUUGAGUAGUGUUUACUCUAUUAGUAUUAUCAUCAAAUAAAAUGAUGAAUAAAUCAGGAAAUAUGAAACAAUUUUGGUGUGUUUUUCUCAUACUUAUUAGUAUAGUGCUACAAUUAAGUAAUUGUAGUGUUGUUUAUGGAGGAUUGAAUUUUCAUGAAGAUAGUGUUGUGAGUAGUGGGAGUACUGGUACAAUUGGGAGGCUAGUGAAGAAGGAAGACAGGAUACCGGUUGUUGCGACGGAGUUCGGCGAGAUAUCGGCGGUCGAUGUCGAUGACGGUUCCGGUACAGGGAGGCAUAGCUACCAUAUUCAGUUCAUUACUUUGGAGCCUAAUGCGCUUUUUCUUCCUGUGCUUCUACAUGCUGACAUGGUCUUCUAUGUCAAAACAGGUACUGGGAAGAUAAGCUGGACUGAUAGUGAUGAACUAAAUAAAGUUAGCUUGCAGCGAGGGGAUGUUUACAGACUCAAGUCUGGCAGUCUCUUCUACCUUCAUAGCAGUUUAGAGGCUGAAGAGACGAGGCUCAGAAUCGUUGCUGUUUUUGCCAAUCCGGAGGAAGAGAAACUACAGGGUCCAUCAAUUGGGCCGUACUCAAGCAUCAAUGACCUCGUUCGAGGCUUUGAUAAGAGCAUCCUUCAAGCGGCUUUCCAGGUACCUGAGGAAGUAGUAGAAGAAUUAACAAGUGCAACAGAUACACCAGCAAUAGUAUACGCAGAGACCAAAAAGAAGAAUUUCUGGCAGCAGGAGCUUCUGUUUAUCAAUGUUUUCUUAGGAAUCCAGAGUUACAGCAAUCAAAUCAGUGAAAACAAGAAGAAGCACACUAAGACAUAAUUCAAGGAAGACCCGGAUUUUAAAAGCUGCAGCGGGUGGAGUACAGCAGUCAGCGAUCACAACUUGCACGCAUUACAAGAUUCCCAUAUCGGUGUCUAUAUGGUGAACCUUACCAAGGGUUCAACGAUGGGGCCUCACUGGAACCCGAUGGCAACGGAGGUAUCAGUUGUGUUGGAAGGAGAGGGAAUGGUUCGCGUGGUUUGUCCAAGUGCACUGACAAACAAAGAAUGCAAAAACUCGAGGUUUAGAAUUGAGGAAGGUGAUAUAUUCACUGUCCCAAGGUUUCAUCCAAUGGCACAAACAUCGUUCAACAAUGGCUCACUUGUUUUCAUGGGGUUCAGCAGCACAACAAAGAAGAACCAUCCUCAGUUCCUAGCAGGAAAGGCUUCAGUGCUGCAGACACUAAGCAAAACCAUUAUAGGUGCAUCCUUUAAUGUGUCAAACACAACAAUUGACCAGCUGCUAGCAGCUCAAGACGAAACAAUCAUAUUGGACUGCACUUCUUGUGCUGAAGAACAGGAGAUGAAGAUGGAAGAUGAGAUUGAAAAGGAAAGGCAAGAAGAGGAAGAAAGGAGGAGAAGAGAGGAAGAGAAAGAUUGGAAAAAGGAAGAAGAGAAAGAGCAGAAAAGGCGAGAAAAAGAGGAGAAAAGAAGGAAGAGAGAGGAAGAGGAACGGAAGAGACAGGAAGAAGAGCAAAAAAGGCGAGAAGAAGAGGAAGAAAGAAGGAAAAGAGAGGAAGAGGAAGAGCAGAGAAGACAAGAAGAAGAGGAAGAAAAAAGGGAAAGGGAGGAAGAGGAACAAAAGAGGCAGGAGGAGGAAGAGCAGAGAAGGAAAGAAAAAGAGGAAGAAAAAAGGAAGAGAGAGGAGGAGGAAAAAAGAAAAAAGGAGGAAGAGGAACAAAAGAGACAAGAGGAGGAGGAGCAGAGAAGGCACGAAGAAGAGGAAGAGGAACAAAAGAGGCAGGAGGACGAAGAGCAGAGAAGGCAAGAAGAGGAGGAAGAAAAAAGGAAGAGAAAGGAGGAGGAAGAGCAGAGAAGGCAAGAAGAAGAGGAAGAAAAAAGGAAGAGAAAGGAGGAGGAGGAAAGAAAAAGGAAGGAAGAGGAACGGAAAAGGCAAGAGGAGGAAGAGCAAAGAAGGCAAGAAGAAGAGGAAGAACAACGAAAGCGUGAAAAAGAAGAAGAUAAAAAAAGACAGGAAGAGCAGAGAAAGCGUGAAGAAGAAGAACAGAAAAGGCAUGAAGAAGAGGAAGAAGAAAGGAAACGAGAAAAGGAGCAGGAAAGAGAACAUGAGGAAGAGAAAAGAAGGCAAAGAGAAGAGGAAGAGCACAGAAGGCAAGAGGAAAAAGAGAGGCAGCGAGAAGAGGAAAAACAGAGAAAGAAAGAGGAAAAGGAGAGGCAAAGAGAGGAGGAAAAACAGAGAAAACAAGAGGAAGAAGAAAGGAAGAGAGAAGAGAAGGAAAGAAAACAAGAGGAAGAAGAACGGAGGAGAAGAGAGGAGGAAGGAGGAGAGGAAGAACAAGAGACUGAGCAAGAAAUAGCAAAAAGAGAGGAGGAAGAAAGAAGGGAAUGGGAAAGGCAAGCAGAGAAAGAAGCAAGGAAAAGGAGAUCGACAGAAGAAAGUGAUGGAAGCAGAGGAGAAGGAAGAAUUCUGAGGCGUACAACAAAGGUUUCAGAUGUUCGUUGGUAAAUUCAAUGCCCGUAUUAGCUUAGCACCAUCGUUUGAAAUCCUGCCUAAAUAUCAUAAUGCCACAUAUAGCUCAUCACCAGGGCAAUAAAAAAUGUUUGUAAUAGUUAAGUAAUGUGAUUUUAAGGUAGAAAUCUGGUGGAUAUUUCACUUUGAGAGCAGUGGAAACCGUAAUUUUCUUUC